CUAAUCUACGAGGGCAAUCUCGUCCAUUCACCUGCCACCGCAAGCACCGUACCUAUCACCGCCAAACUGAUCCCUCCCUCUCAAUCAAAACCCCCAAGGAAAACCACUCUCUCCAAUUCUUCGAUCUCGAUCGAACCAGAGCCUGACUUAGCCAGAAAGUCCCACCAUGGGUGUGCCGGCGUUCUACAGGUGGCUCGCAGACCGGUACCCGCUAUCAAUUGUUGAUGUAAUUGAAGAGGAACCUCAAGAAGAUUCGAAUGGAAACUCUAAACCAAUCGAUGUUUCAAAACCUAACCCUAAUGGUAUCGAGUACGACAAUUUGUAUCUGGAUAUGAACGGGAUUAUCCAUCCCUGCUUCCAUCCUGAAGGAAAGCCUGCACCUGCUACUUAUGAUGAUGUGUUCAAGUCUAUAUUUGUUUACAUUGAUCAUUUAUUUGCUUUGGUUCGUCCAAGGAAGCUGCUUUUUAUGGCAAUUGAUGGGGUUGCUCCAAGAGCUAAAAUGAAUCAGCAACGGUCACGACGGUUUAGAGCUGCGAAAGAUGCUGCUCAAGCAGAAGCUGAAGAAGAAAGGCUGAGGAAAGAGUUUGAGGCUGAGGGGGAACUUUUAUCUGUUAAAGAAAAGCCCGAAACACGUGAUUCUAAUGUUAUAACACCUGGCACUCAAUUUAUGGCAGUUCUUUCGAUUGCGCUUCAGUAUUAUAUACAAAGUAGAUUGAAUCACAAUCCAGGCUGGCAGAAUACCAAGGUUAUUCUUUCUGAUGCAAAUGUUCCUGGUGAGGGAGAACACAAAAUCAUGUCUUAUAUAAGAUUGCAACGCAACAUUCCUGGUUUCAAUCCAAACACACGCCACUGUCUGUAUGGUCUGGAUGCGGAUUUGAUUAUGCUGUCUUUAGCUACGCACGAGGUUCACUUUUCAAUAUUAAGAGAGAUGGUCAUAUUUCCAGGGCAACAGGAUAAGUGUUUUCUCUGUGGUCAAGCUGGUCAUCUUGCAGCUGAAUGUCGUGGUAAGCAAGGAGAUGAUGCUUUAGAUUGGAAUGUGGUAGAUGAUACCCCAAUUCACAAGAAGAAAUAUCAGUUUCUCAACAUCUGGGUUUUGCGAGAAUAUCUGCAAUAUGAUCUGGACAUUCCAAACCCACCAUUUGCAAUUGACUUCGAAAAGAUAGUGGAUGACUUUGUGUUUAUGUGUUUUUUUGUUGGCAAUGAUUUUCUUCCGCAUAUGCCAACAUUGGAAAUUCGGGAGGGUGCUAUAAACUUACUGAUGCAUAUUUAUAGAAGGGAGUUCUCUGCAAUGGGUGGUUAUCUGACUCUUGCGGGUGAGGUUUUCCUUGAUAAAGUAGAACACUUUAUUCAGUCUGUUGCUGUUUACGAGGAGCAAAUCUUUCAGAAGAGGGCUCGUAUACAACAGGCUUUCGAGAAUAAUGAAGAAAUGAAACACAAAGCAAGAAGAGAUCUCUCUGAAGAGAUACAAGCACCACCUGUAGAUAAGGUUAAAUUAGGGGAGCCUGGAUACAAAGAGAGAUAUUAUGCUGAGAAAUUUGAUUUAUCAAAUGAAGAGGAGGUUGACAAAGUUACAAAAGAUGUGGUUUUGAAGUACGUGGAAGGUUUGUGUUGGGUCUGUCGCUAUUACUACCAGGGUGUUUGCUCUUGGCAAUGGUUUUAUCCAUACCAUUAUGCUCCAUUUGCUUCAGAUAUUAAGGAUCUGGAUGAGAUGGAAAUAACCUUCUUUCUUGGAGAGCCAUUCAAACCCUUUGAUCAACUUAUGGGGACCCUACCAGCUGCGAGUUCUAAUGCUUUGCCAGAAGAAUACAGGAAAUUGAUGACCAACCCUUCUUCCCCAAUUCAUCAAUUCUUCCCCUCAGAUUUUGAAAUUGACAUGAAUGGCAAGCGCUUUGCUUGGCAGGGUAUUGCCAAAUUGCCAUUCAUCGAUGAGAGGAAAUUGCUUGCCCAAACAAAGAAGCUUGAAAGAACUUUAAUGGAGGAAGAGCAGGUCAGGAAUAGUGUGAUGCUUGAUUUGCUAUAUGUCCAUCCUGUUCAUCCAUUGUCUCAACAAGUCAUUUCUUACUAUCAUCAUAACUAUCGUUUACCUGUUAGUGAAAGAAUUGCUUUGGAAAUUGACACGAGAGCUAGUGGUGGAAUGAAUGGUUAUCUUUGGUUAUCUGAAAGAAAUGUGUGGAGAAGUGUGGUCCCUUCUCCUAUCAAUGGAUUGCCAGCCUUGGAGUAUAACCAAGUUUUAAAUAUCACAUACCUAACUCCUUCAAGUCAUAGACACAUCCCAGAACCUCCAGAGGGUGUAGUCAUGCCUGAAAAGAUCUUAAAACCUACAGAUAUUAAACUGUUUCCCACAUUAUGGCAUGAAGAUAAUGGCCGCAGACAGCAAGGCAGGGAAAGGCCACAAGUACCCCGAGCAGUAGCUGGCCCUGUAUUGGGGGAAGCAGCUCAUCGUCUUGUCAAGAACACCCUUAAUAUCAAACCAAACGGUUCAUAUUCUCGAGGCAAUUACACAUUCAACAGGCCAAGACCUGCUGGGCCAGCUGGUUAUGGAAGGGGCUAUGGGGACGAUCCAAACUAUCAUUAUGCACAUUACAAUAACCAGCAAGGCCUAAUGAGUAAUCAUAUGUAUCCUGUCUCAUCAAAUGGUGUGCAAGGCAACCGACACAACUCUAGGCCUCAAGACAGAGUGCAGUACCAUCAACAGUACCAUGAUUUGAGUACUGGGGUGUCUGCUCUGACUGUGGAAGAAAAUUUCAGAAGCAGGGCACCUGCAGUGAUCUCACCACGAAUUCCGAAUCCAGGAUACACAACGAAUUUAUACAAUCAGUUUGAGCAUAACACAGGUCCACUUCCAUCACCACCCACCAAUUGGAUCAACAAAACAGCAGCAGGAGACGCUGGAAUGUACGUCAGACAAGACACAACAUCAAGGGGGGGUCCAAAUGAGAAGCAGUUGAAGCAGGUUUACCAGGUUAAGACACAAGUAGCUCAGGAGACGUCAGAUAUUCUAGCUCAAGAAAUAUAAGAUUUAAAACAGCAGUAACACUGUAGAUUUGGUUAAUCUUGUACAUUUUCUGACCACCCACAUAGCUGUGGCAAUGGAUCUUCAUUUUCUGACGAGUUUACUCAGUUUGGGUAAAGCAGCCACAGAAUGCUAUUCCUGGACGGUAUGCAUCCACCAGAGUCUGAGGCCGUUAAGACUUUUAUUUGGAUACUGAAACAUGCUGAAUUUAGUGAACGGUGGUCUUUUGAGAUCCAGUUUUGUUUUGGGGCGAGUUUGCAUACUGCAUCUUACCUCUUUCAUGUUGCAGUUUCUUUCUUCCGGAUUUUCCUAUUUGUUUACUGGGCUGUCAUAUAACUGUAUCAUACAAAUGUGUUGUUGUAAUCGGGCUGGAUCACUGGAAAUUACAACAUCGGGUCUUCUUCCGUAGUGUUUUUUAUCGGGAAGAUCAGAGACGUUGUCAGUAUGUUACUUAUUUUGGAUGGUGUAAUGAUUCUGGAUUUAAUUCUAUGCAGUAUCCUCUUUAGUGACUUGAA